AUGGCUGAGAGAAGGCUUCUUGAAAAUUUCCUGAGCUGCCAUGUGUGUUCAGAGACUUUCAGAGAUCCUGUGUCUCUGAGCUGCAGCCACAGCUUCUGUUCAAGCUGCCUGCAACAAUUCUGGGAGCAAGCUAAAAGCAAAAACUGUCCCAUUUGUAAAAGAAAAUCAUCAAAGGAUUGUCCACUUGUGAACUUUACACUAAAAAACCUUGCUGAUUCAUUUGCUGGCACGCAAAAAGAUGGAUUAUCUGAGACAGCAACAGGAGAAAAGAAAUUAAUGGCAGUGUGCAGUAAACACGAUGAAGAACCUAAACUGUUCUGUGUGGACGAGCAGAGAGCUGUGUGUCCUGUGUGUGAGUUUUCUCUCCACCAGAGUCACAAAGUGGUUCCUGUAGAAGAAGCAAUCAGUGACCUGAAGGAGCAGCUGAAAUCUGACUUAAAGUCUCUGCAGGACAAGAGGAACAAAUACAAACAAGUGGAGGAAACAUACAAUGAGGUGAUUCAACACAUGAAGAAGCAGCUGUUGUCCACAGAGAGGCAGAUCAGAGCAGAGUUCAACAAGCUCCAGCAGUUCCUGAAAGAGGAAGAGGAGUCCAGACUGGCAGCUCUGAGGGAGGAAGAGGAGCAGAAGGGGAGGACUAUCAGCAGAGAGAUGAAGAUGAUUGAGGAGCAGAUCUCCUCUCUGUCAGACAGCAUCUCUGCUGUUGAAGAAGAGCUGCAGAAACACAGCGUGCCAUUCCUCAGCAGUUAUAAAGACACUCAGAGCAGAGCCAGAGCCCAGAGCUCAGUGUCAGAUCCACAGCUGGUCUCAGGAGCACUGAUAGAUGUGGCCAAACACCUGGGCAACCUGUCCUUCAGAGUGUGGGAGAAGAUGAAGGAGAAGGUCCACUUCAGUCCUGUCAUUCUGGACCCAAACACUGCAAGUCGCUGUCUAUAUCUGUCUGAUGAUCUGACCAGUGUGAGACAUGGAGGACAGACAUGGCAGCAGCUUCCAGACAAUCCAGAGAGAAAUAAUUAUAGUGCUAGCGUUUUUGGCUCUGUAGGUUUCAGUUCAGGGAAACACAGCUGGGGCAUGGAGGUCGGAGACCAUCCUGACUGGCUUGUGGGUUUAGCUAAAGAGUCAGUUGAGAGGAAAGGAGAGCGAUUUGCUUCAGGAGACUAUGGAAUCUGGUGUUUAACCCAUCGCAGAGGAUCAUACGGCAAUGGUCUUAGUCAGAAUGUGACAGUGAAGAAGAGUCUCCAGAGGAUCAGAGUCCAGCUGGACUAUGACAGGGGGGAGGUGUCCUUCUAUGACCCUGAAGACAUGACUCCCAUCUACACUCACAGAGACAAUUUCACUGAGAAACUCUUCCCAUAUUUCAGUGUUGGAAAGGCAGGAGACGCCAAAACCUGUGAUAUCAAAAUCUGUCAGACUGAGAUUUUUUUUGUAAAGUGAUUCUUUUUUAACAGUCUGUGUGGUCAUUUUUCUUGAAGGUUUUUCCUAAACUGGAAGAUGAGAUUUUCAGUCCAAAAACAGUGAGCACAAUUGGCCCUAGGGGAAAUUUCUUAUUUAUAUCAUGUAAAGUACAAUAUAUUGCCAAAAGUAUAAACUUGCUUGUCUUCAAACAUAUAUGAACUUGAGCUACUCUGGAGAUCACACGAAGUUACGCGCAAGAAAUCUCCUUUCUUAAUUUGUUUUCCCCACUUAUAGCUUCAACUGCUUAAUGUUAUCAUGUUUAUCAACAUCUUGUUUUCCGUCAACUGUAGCAUAUGUGUCAGGGUCAGGGGUCUUACACCCAGAGUUUUGAGAUUUCUUA